UGGACUGGUGUCAGAAGAGGUUGGCGGAAAGGCUUUGGACCAAGAAAACCGUUUUUUUCUGGGAAACCAAUGCCAUUUCCUGAUUCAAAUUUUGUUGGACCAAGCAGUGCUUCGUCGGGCAUUUCAAUGGCUAAUUCUUUAUUGAAUAAUUUGGUUCUUAGUGAUUUAUCUUCGACUAAAGGAGCAGAUCGUGGUGGUAGUGGAUCUACACAUGCUAACAUUAAUAUGAAUGCUGUUUUGUCUGCAAUAAUUGCAGCAGGUAGACACGAUAGAGUAGCUUUGGAAAAUUAUCUUCGGGAUUUAAAGAUGAGUAAUAACGUUGUUAAUCAUCAAAACAUAGCUAACAUUAUUUCAAGCCUUCAAAGUUUUAAAGGCAGAGGCCAGCAACCAUCGAUCGUUUUGAUUGGAUUAGACAGUUCUGGUAAAAUAAAUGCACAUGGUGGUCAUGGGAAAACUGAAGAUAGAAACUUUGACACCGUGUCAAGAACUAAAGGCCAGUCUAUGAUCGGUACACAUGGAGGAUUUGAUCCUUCGUCUGGAAAAAAGUCUAAAGAUGUAAACUUAAAUAUAGUCGUAAAACAACAGCAUCCUCUGUCAAAAUCAUCUCCACCAGACUUUCACAAAGGUGGACAAAAUGGUAGGUUCUUUUCAUUUAAAAACAAUGAUCUUGAUAGAUCAGACUUCUCACACGGUGGUUUUGGACCAGGAAAACAGAGCAUGGUUGGUCAAAGCCCAGCUCAGUUUUCUUUCAAAGGGGCCACAGAUGCGAAUCAAGGAUUCGGAGGGUCAGUUGACAUGCGGAAAUUUUGGAAAGAUUCGGUGGGUGGAGGACAGCUUAAACCAAUACCCAAACUUGUAGCUCAAAAACAAAUGGCACAUUUCAUACAAGGAACAAACCGUGGCGACCUGUGGAAUCGAAUAGGAGGAAAUAAAGGUAUGGCAAUAGCUGAUUUUAAACACGGAUUUGUUCCAAAUGAGAAUUAUUCCGGAGUUGCAAAUCCUGGGACUCAGUUUGAACAUAAACAGCAGAUAAUAGCUUAUCCAAAGAAUAUGGACCAUAUUUCUCUUCCUUUAUUUAAAGUACCUAAAGGCACCACUAAACACAAUUAGGUUAGAAAGAUUCAAAAACUUAUCCAGAUAGUUGCGUCGGAUUUUACAACGAGAUAAAUAUUUACCAUGAAAUAAAGACGAAAAUGUGUAUACAAUGAGUAGAAUCUUAAUAGGAAUAGUCGUGGAAAUGAAUGAUCAUUUGUAGAAGGACAUUAAUGAAGCAUGUAACACUAAGAAAUACUAUCUACGCAAUAACUCAAUUUUCACACAAAAUGACUUACUUCAGAAUAUUUGCACCUUUAAUUCGUUUCACCACAAUUCAUUUCAUGUCAAACAAUAGUAAUUGUUAAUAUAUAAUGACUAA